AUCCGAAUCCAAAAUUACCAACACGCAGCCGCGAAGUACUACAAUUCCAACGUACAGAAUAGCAGAUUUAAUCAGGGAGAUCUAGUCCUUCGCAAAGUCUUCCAAAACACCGCUGAACGAAACGCGGGAAAACUCGGAGCAAACUAGGAUGGACCCUAUAAAAUCGAAAAAAUCGUCCGACCAGGCUCCUACGAAAUAGCCAACAUGCAAGGCAUAAAAAUUUCAAGGACCUGGAAUGCGAUGCAUCUCAAAAAUUACUAACACUGACCAACUCACAACCACCGAACUACGAGACGGCUUGAUCUCCAUAAGGAGUACAUAGGCAGUUUGUCAAAAGGAAAAUUCAGCUGUCCCCCCUCAUCAAAAAGGGGGGAGUGGAUACGUAUACUCGUAUGCUCUCAAACUCGAAAACAUCCGACCACGCCUUCGAUGUUUCCGACAUAUUUCAACCAAGCAAAUUAUCUUUUAUCCGUGAAACAUUUUUGAAUUUCAAAAAUAAAUCAGCCGUUAAGAAGAAGCAGCCAUUGGCAUCGCGAGAUUUCGCGAGAGAUGCUUCAAGGAUUACUUCCUACGUUGCAUGGAAGCGUGUCCAAAGCCAAGAUUCCUGAUUCUGAAGCGGAAGCGGAGUCGGAAGCGGGUGGAAGCGGCCGGAAGCGUGUCGGAAUCGCGGUUCCGAAAAAACCAGAUUUGGAAGCGUAUUGGAAUCAAUGAUUCCUAGUUAGAAGCAUGUAAAUCUAAUAUUGGAAUCGCAAAUAAAAAAAAAGAAAAAUUAAUAAAUGUUUUUAUGUUUUAUUUCCUUAACUGAAAACCCUAAUUAAAAAAAAAAGUGGAAACUCAAAGGACUACGACUCUGAGUCGUCAUUCUCAUCUCUUUUACACCUCAUAGUUGCUAUCUUUCUUCUUCUCUGUACUAAGAGUCUAAGACCAAACAAUCGAUCAAGGCAAUUUUCUUUGGACUUUUGUUUCUUUGUUAAUUGUUAUAUUCUUCUUCUCUUGUAAAGAAACGUGAGACUUUGUAGCCUUUUAUGUAUGGUUUGAUGAUUAGAAGGUUAGUAUUGGUUGAAACUAAAGCUGAAUUUGGUUUGUGAAUCUAAGGUUAAAGUCUUAUAUUAAUAUUAAACAAGUACAGAGAUUUUUUUUUUUUUUUUUGGUGUUUCCUUGCGUAGAGUAAAGCGACCACGUCUGAUCAUUAUGAUAAUUUUUUUUCAGAAGUAUGAACCCAUCUGAUAAUGAUGAUGUGGAUGACAAAGCACCCUUAAGGAUUUAUGUGAACAAGAUUGAAAAGAUAGCAGGAGGGGGAUCAUGGAGGUUUGAAUGCAAUUGCAAUACAACGUACGUUGGAUCUUAUACUAGAGUUGUGACUCAUCUUAUACAAGAGGGAAUUAAGGGAAUCAAAGGAUGUAACAAUGUUACCCACAACAAAGAGCUACAAAUUUGCUGAUACAAAUGAGGCUGAUUCAAAGAAGAGAAAGGGAAUGGAUUCAGCUUUAGGAAAAGCAUUUAACAAUCAGACUAGGGAGCAAUGUGAUGGUGAAAUAUUUAGAAUGUUCUGUACAAGCGGGUUGUAUUUCAACGUUGCAAGAAACCCUCACUAUCGCAACUCAUUUGUGCGUGCAUCACAAAUUCCUGGCUAUGUUCCUCCUGGUUAUAAUGCUUUGAGGAUUACACUUCUCCAAAAAGAAAGAAAGAACCUUGAAGUGCACUUGCAGCCUUUGAAGGAUUCAUGGAAACAUAAAGGAGUUAGCAUAUGUAGUGAUGGCUGGUCAAAUCCUCAUCGAAGACCUAUCUUAAAUUUGAUUGCUGCAAAUGAGAGUGGUCCAAUGAUGUUAAGAGCAAUCAACACUCAAGGUGAAACAAAAACUGGUGAGGUGAUUGCAGAAAUGAUCAUAGAAUGCAUUAAGGAGUUUGGACAUGAGAAUGUGGUUCAAGUACUCACUGACAAUGCUUCAAAUUGUGUAAAAGCUGGUGCACUUAUUUCAGCUAAGUUUCCUACUAUCUUCUGGAUACCAUGUGUGGUUCAUACUUUGAAUCUUGCACUCAAGAACAUAUGUGCACCAGUUGAUAAUAAAAGAAGCAAUGGAGAUGUGUAUGAUGCUUGUUAUUGGAUAAAGUCUAUCAGUGAGGAUGUUACUUGGAUCAAGAACUUCAUUAUGAACCAUGGAAUGAGGCUUGUCAUGUUCACAGAGCAUUGUGAUCUUAAGCUCCUUACAAUUGCUUCUACAAGGUUUGCUUCAACAGUUGUGAUGCUUAAGAGAUUCAAGAAAAUAAAAACUGGGCUACAACAAAUGGUGAUCAGUCCUAAGUGGGAUGAUUAUAAAGAUAAUGGUGUAGAAAGAGCAUCAGCAGUGAAGAAAAAGAUAUUAGAUGAGAUGUUCUGGGAUGAGAUUGAAUAUGCUUUGUCUUUCACUUUGCCGAUAUAUAGUGUGAUUAGAGCUGCUGAUACUGAUAAGUCUUCACUUCAUCUGGUUUAUGAAUGGUGGGAAACCAUGAUUCAGACUGUGAAAAAGGCUAUCUUCAGAAAGGAAACGAAGGAACUUGAAGAUGACUCGGUUUUUUGGAAUGCUGUGCAAUCUAUUUUGAUAUCUCGUUGGAGUAAGAGUAACACUCCUCUCCAUUGUAUGGCACAUUCUCUAAAUCCCAAGUAAGUUAUAAAUUUAUUAUGCUUCAUAUGAUUUAUUAUCUUACAAACUAAAUUUAAACAUUUUUGAUAGUUAUUUAAAUAACAUUAUUAUUGUUUAUUUUGAUGGAUGCAGAUAUUAUAACUCAGAGUGGCUUGGAGAAGAGAACAAUAGAAAAGCUCCACAUCAAGAUUUGGAGAUUACUAGAGAAAGAAAAAAUUGCAUAAUGAAGUAUUUUCCAAAUCAAGAUGAAAGGAGAGAGGUUAACAUUGAAUAUUCUAAUUUCUCUUUAAGCUUGGAAGAUUUUGGUAGUGUUGAUGCAAUCCAUGAUAGAUUUAUCUGAGAACCUUUAAGAUGGUGGGCAGUUCAUGGAUCUUCAGCUCCCAAACUUCAAGCCUUAGCAUUUAAGUUGCUUGGACAACCUUCUUCAUCCUCAUGUUGUGAAAGGAACUGGAGCACCUAUAAGUUCAUCCAUUCUGCAACAAGAAACAAGAUUAUGCCACAAAGAGCUGAAGAUUUGGUAUUUAUGCAUACUAAUUUUCGUCUCUUAUCUAGAAGGAGUUCUGCUUACAAAGAAGGUCCUAACAAGAUGUGUGAUGUUGGAGGUGACCAAUUUGAUACUUUGGAUGAGCUUAAUCUAGGAAGACUUGAGUUUGAAGAUCUUUCCCUUGAUGAACCAGAACUAGAGGCUGUUGUGUUUGAUGGAGAAGAUGAUAAUGAGUGAAACAAUUGAUCGUUGACAUUGAACAUUUUUAUUUUUAGUUGAGUUGCUUAAUAUUUAAGACUUUGUUGGAUUUGUGCGGUUUAGACACUUUUAAUUUUCAGAAGUUAUUUUAUAUUUGGCUUUACAUUAUAUAUAUAUGUAUAUUAUAUUUACAUACGCUUCCAAUACGAUUCCGCUUCUUAAUUUUUUUAAAAAACUCGCUUCUACGCUUCCAUACGAUUCCGCUUCCGUGAAUCCGCUUCCGUUUCCAUGUAACGUAGAUUACUUCUUCCGAACGACGAAAACGGACACUCCGUCAAAAAACGAUGAAUAUUUUAACACAUAUCUUGCGCAAAAACUCUAAACAACGGCAUUUGCCGCCAAGUUCGGUGCUGAUCACAUCGAACUCUCGAACGUCCUAAACAGACAUAGCCAUCUUACGAAGAUGACUCUCGUACAUCCGACA